AUGAAGCCGGAGGAGCCCAACGCCAGCGACAGCGAGGACGAGGGCGAGGAGGACGAGGCCGCCACGUCCGCCAUCGCCCAGUUCCAGAGCGAAGACGGCACCAAUGUGGGUCCGCAACUGGAGAUCCCCAUGAGCUCCAACGUGAAGCAGAUGGAGGAGCUGGUGAACGAGCUGCUGCAGAACGGCAAGAACCGCGUGCCCUACUCGCUGUUCAUCGGCGAGACGGAGGUCACGACGUCGCUCAAGGCCACAGUGGAGGAGCUGACGGCGCUGACCAUCACGUUCCAGCCGCUGGCAGCGUUCCGUGUGCGGCCUGUGACGCGCUGCAGUGACACGCUGCAGGGCCACUCGGAGGCAAUUCUGCACGUGAGCUUCAGCCCGGACGGAAAGCGGCUGGCCAGCGGCGGAGGCGACGCCACCGUGCGCUUCUGGGACACCAACACGUGCAUGCCCAAGCACACGGGACGCGGACACAAGCACCACGUGCUGUGUACGGCGUGGUCGCCCGAUGGAACGCGCUUUGCCUCGGCCGACCGCAACGGUGAGAUUCGGCUGUGGGACCCGCUCACAGGCAAGCAGAUCGGCCAGCCCAUGAAGGGCCACAAGCAGUGGGUCAACUCGCUCACGUGGGAGCCCAUGCACCGCAACGCCACGUGCGAGCGAUUUGCGAGCUCCUCGAAGGACGGAUCGAUCAAGGUGUGGAAUGCGCGCACGGGCCGCUCCAUCGCCUCGCUGUCGGGCCACACGGACUCGGUGGAGUGCAUCAAGUGGGGAGGCGAGGGUCUGCUGUACAGUGCGUCUCGCGACCGUACCAUCAAGGUGUGGGCCAUGGAGGGCGAGCACGUCGGCAAGCUCGUGCGCACGCUCAUCGGCCACGGCCACCGCAUCAACACGCUGGCGCUGAACGUGGACUACGUCUGCCGGUCGGGCCCGUUCAGCCACAACACCGAGAGCUUCGCGUCGCGCGAGGAGAUGCAGCAGGCCGCGCUGAAGCGGUACCAGGAGGUGCGCAAGGGCCAGCCCGAGCGCUUGGUGUCGGGCUCGGACGACUUCACACUGUUUUUCUGGGAGCCGUCGGAGAGCAAGAAGCCGCUGGCGCGCCUUACGGGCCACCAGCAGCCCGUGAACCACCUGUGCUUCUCGCCGGACGGCCGCUACUUCGCAAGCGCGAGCUUCGACAAGAAGGUCAAGAUCUGGAACGGCCAGAACGGCAAGUUCGUGGCCACGCUCACGGGCCACGUCGGCGCCGUGUACCAGGUGUGCUGGUCCAGCGACUCGCGCCUGAUCGUGACGGCCAGCAAGGACUCGACCGUCAAGGUCUGGGAGCUGAGCGAGCCCAAGAACGCCAAGACGACGCUGUCGGGCCACGCCGACGAGGUGUACGCGCUGGACUGGAGCCCCAACGGCGACAUGGUGGCGUCGGGCAGCAAGGACCGCACCAUCAAGAUGUAAGUGUCGCUCUGCGAUGUUGUUGCUGUUGCCGUUGAAGCUGGCAGUACCGGUCACUAACCCCCCUCGUUUCUGUGUCAUUUUUUGUCUUUUCACAGCUGGAAGCACU